AUGAACAACAGUGCACCGCUUAUCUUUGAUGUUCCGCCAAUGUUUAGGGUGGAGUCCAUCAUUGGCCAGGGAUCGUACGGCGCGGUCUGCAAGGCGGUGUACGGCACCGACCAAAUAGCCAUCAAGAAGAUACCAAAUUAUGUGAAGAGUGAGGAGACUGUCCGCCGUGUGCUGCGUGAGAUUGAAAUUCUGCAAAACCUGCAGUUCUGCGAGCAAGUGGUGGGAUGCCGGUUGCUUUUUCGGCCGACAAGCCGCGAGAAGGAUCUCUACGUGGUGAUGGACUGCAUCCCCUCUGACCUUUCCACGGUGGUUAAUAACAAGUCCAUUGCACUCCCAGAAAACAUCAUUCGUUACAUCACGUGCCAGUUACUGCUUGCCUUGCGUGCCAUGCACCGAUGGAAGGUACUGCAUCGCGAUUUUUCCACACGCAACAUUCUUAUUAACUACAACUCACAGGUUUUUGUCUGUGACUUUGGUCUUAGUCGUUUUUUUGACCCGGAUGAACAGCUUUCCUUUGGUGUUGUGACGCAGUGGUAUCGUGCACCUGAGAUCAUCCUCGACGCCGAGUACGAUGCCGCAAACGAUCUCUGGAGCGUGGGCGUUAUUGUCUGUGAGCUGCUGCUUCGUCGGCACCUCUUCCCUGGAAAAUCCAACGACUCUGCGGAUCAACUUAAUCUUAUCUUUCAUCUUGUUGGUACCCCACCCCCUUCUGUGUUUAACGAGGGCCAGCCAUUCGCUCGGGCCUCCAUUAACGCCAAGAACUACGCUCUUUCAGUCAUAGAAAAGCGCCCACGCAUAUCAAUGCUGCGUGAAUUGCUACUUCGUGCCCCCAUCUUACAAGGGAAAGAUGCAGAGACGUCGCCCAUCAUUGACUUGGCUGAGAAGCUGCUCUCGUUCAACCCACGUGACAGACCGACGGCCGACGAGGCGCUGCAGCACCCCUGGUUCGAGCCCUGUCGUGCCUUUAUCGAUGACAUGAUUGGGGCUCAGGAAGAGCAGCACACUAGCCCACAGUUUUCUUCUAACAGUUUUCUGUCAAUGCAGGAAAUGAUCCAAAAGAUAGAGGAGAUUGUGCCGAUGUUUUCGGAGCAGCUUCUCGUUAGUGAGGACGCCGAAUGA